UUCGACCACCCGCUCGAUGGCUUCCAGACCGAUGCUAUGGCCGCGCUCCUUGACGGCAGCUCAGUCGUCGUCUCUGCGCCGACCGGCUCGGGGAAGACGGCGGUGGCGGAGCUGGCGCUGUACGCGGCGCUGGCGCGCGGCGAGCGCGCCAUCUACACCACGCCGCUCAAGGCGCUCUCCAACCAAAAGUACCGCGACCUCUCGGCCGCGCUCGGGCCCGGCUCGGUCGGCUUGCUGACGGGCGACACGCAGAAGCAGCGCGACGCGCCGGUGCUGGUGAUGACGACGGAGGUGCUGCGCAACAUGCUGCUCGAGCAGGACGAGAUGGUCUUCGCGGCGCAGGCGGCGGGGCGGGUCGGAGUCGUCAUCCUCGACGAGUUUCACUACAUGAACGACAAGUCGCGUGGCACGGUCUGGGAGGAGUGCUGCGUGCUCGCGCCGCCGUCCGCAAAGCUGGUUGCGCUCUCG